CGGUAUCAGAUUUACAGAUGACGGCUUUGGAGUUGUUUUGAGUAUUGUGCUGUUCAUAAGACACAUUUGAGGUCAAAUGGACUCAAGAUAUAGAAAAUAUAAAAUUGAAAGGGAAGUGCUGGAUGAGCAGGGACUUGAAGAGUUAGCACAGAGGAAAUCGUACGUUGACAAUCAACCAUCUGUAAUUCACCAUCUUAAAGAUUCCAUCAGAUGCACAGUCCCCAAAUUUAAACAGGGGAUUUUGAGUACUUUUCCUGUGUUCUAUUGGCUGCCCAAAUAUUCUGUCUGGGAUGAUGGCAUCCCAGAUUUCAUUUCUGGAAUUAGCGUUGGAAUAAUGCAUCUGCCACAAGGGAUGGCUUACGCAUUAUUGGCCUCGCUUCCUCCUGUUUUUGGCCUCUACACUUCUCUCUACCCAGCAUUAAUUUACUUCUUUUUCGGAACAUCACGUCAUAUUUCGAUCGGUACAUUUGCUGUGCUUAGCAUCAUGGUGGGUAGUGUUACCGAGAGACUUGCUCCAGAUGUUGAUUUCCUGAAGAUGAAUGGGACCAAUGUCACAAGUGAGGUGGACAUAGCUGCUCGGGACUCGUACAGGGUGCAGGUAGCUGCUGCUACCACUGUCCUGGGAGGACUUAUACAGGUUUUGCUGGGUUCGCUCAAAUUCGGUUUUGUGGGAACGUACUUAUCAGAACCUCUGGUGCGAGCGUACACAGCUGCUGCUGCCCUCCAUGCUGUGGUGGCGCAACUGAAAUACAUCUUUGGGGUGUCACCAGCACGCUUUAAUGGACCGUUGUCAUUGGUGUAUACUCUAAAAGAAGUUUGCCGCUUGCUGCCGCAGACGCACCUCCCCACUCUGGUUGUCAGUGUGGUAUCCCUGAUAUUGCUGAUUGCGGCAAAGGAGCUCAACUCCCUCCUGAGCCCAAGGCUGCCAGUUCCCAUCCCAGUGGAGCUCAUCACGAUUAUAACAGCAACUCUAAUAUCAAACUAUGGCCAGUUAAAUAGAAACUUUACUAUUCCAGUUGUUGGAGAAAUUCCGAGUGGGUUAAGUCCUCCAAUUGUACCAAAAGUCAACAUUUUCAGUGAAGUUAUUGGAGAUGCUUUCGCGCUGGCUCUUGUCGCCUACGCCAUAUCAAUUUCUCUCGGGAAAAUAUUUGCACUGAAACACGGAUACAAAGUGGACAGCAACCAGGAACUAGUGGCUUUGGGUCUCAGCAAUACAUUUGGUGGAUUCUUCCAAUGCUACGCCGUAUGUGCAUCCAUGUCUCGGAGUCUCAUUCAAGAGAGCACUGGUGGAAAAACACAAAUGGCUGGAAUAACAUCGGCUGUAAUUGUUUUGGUGACUAUACUGAAACUUGGUCCACUUUUCCAGGAACUACCAAAGGCAGUUCUGGCGUGUAUCGUCUUUGUGAACUUGAAGGGUAUGUUCAAACAAUACUCAGAUAUUGUUAUUCUAUGGAGGAGCAACAAGAUUGAUUUGGUGUUGUGGUUGUUCACGUGGGUGUCCACUUUGCUCUUCAAUCUGGAUUUGGGCCUUGCUGCUGCCAUUGUGUUUGCACUCUUUACUGUUAUCUUCAGAACCCAGCUACCAAUUUAUUCUGUUCUGGGAAAUGUCGAAGGUUCAGAACUGUAUGUGGAUAUCGAGAUUUACAAAGAGGCAAGAGAAAUUCCAGGUAUUAUAAUAUUCCGCUCUUCUGCUCCAGUAUAUUUUGCUAAUGCCGAACUGUACCUAGAAGCGCUGAAAAAAAAGAGUGGACUUGACAUCAAUAAAAUGAUCACCUAUAAGAAGAGACAGGAAGCCAAAGAGAAACGUAAACAAAAAAGAAAAGCGAGACGGGCUCAAAGACAAGGCAAGAGAGAGAAACUUCCUGACCAGUCAGCAGUAUUCUCUGUGGAGGAAGAGGCCAAAACCUGGAGAGAAAGCCUGGUGAGGAAGGCCACAGAAGCGGAGAACUGGACUGACAGAAGAAAUAGCAGCGUUUUUAUAAAACCCACUACAACAGAUGGUCAGUGUAGAUGGGAGUACUUGAAGGGAGGCGAUUCUGACCACACCAGUUUAGGAUGCGAGCAGAUGGACAGUGAUGCCACCAAUCGGGACUCCGGCUGUAAAGACGCGAUGAGUCGUGACCUGGAACGCAUCUCUCUCGGGUCUCUAGGCAAAUGGACCUGGGACAUCCACUCCAUUAUUCUUGACCUCUCCACGGCUAACUUUAUUGACACAGUGGCUGUGAAGACCAUGAGAAAUAUUUUCCAAGACUUCAGCACGAUUGAUAUUGACGUUUACUUGGCAGGUUGUCAAGCUUGUGUGGUCCAACAACUGGAGCUUGGCCACUUCUUUUCUGACUCCAUUACAAAGCGACAUUUAUUUGCCUCUGUCCACGAUGCCGUGCUCUUCAGUCUGGGCCGUCACGGAUUUGACUCAUCGACAGUUAUGGACCGCAACACCAAGCUUUAGGAACCUUAACCAAUCCGGACAUCUGGUUCUCCACAAGGUGGGACUUUCCUACAACUAAUGGCAUUUAGUCUGUUAGACUCUUUUGGUAACUCACUCAUUCUGGUGGUAAUUAAUAUUGUGACUAUGGCUUUUCCGUAAAACAGAAGGCAUAGAAUCUUGAUUUUAUAUUUGAUCACACAUAGGAAACACAGAGCAGUUGUAUAAAGAAAAUGACAAAAAUAGAGGAGCUGAACAAUACCUCGUGUGUUACAAUAAAAAAAAUAAAGGAUUCAAGCAAGAAAAACAA